CUUUGGCGCGAAUUCGACUAUACAGCAUUAUAGCAUCUGCCGCUGUUGAGUUAUGUUUAUUCGCUUCUGUUCACAAAGAGCAUAUUGUUUUGUUUCGUUACAAUAAGAUCAUCAUCCUGAAGUUAUAGAAAAUGCAACGAGAUUACGCAGCUGAUAAAGAAACCAUCAAAUCCUUUUUGACCGAGUUCCACAAGGAAACCGAUGAUGGCAAGAAAGUGUUCGUGUAUGCUCGCCAAAUGACCAACAUAGCGCAUCGAGAGCAAGUCGGAUUAACGGUGGACCUGGACGAUGUGAUCAGCUACAAUGAUAUGUUGGCGGAGAAUAUUCAGAAGAAUGCAAAACGCUAUGUGAAGAUGUUUUCCGACACUAUCUUCGAACUGCUUCCUUCGUAUAAAGAGCGCGAGGUCAUUAAUAAGGACCCACUGGACAUAUACAUCGAGCAUCGUCUGCUGAUGCAAUCGCGAACGAGAAAUCCAAACGAGCAUCGAGAGGCAAGAAACAUGAUCCCGGCUGAACUUGUGAAACGUUAUGAGGUUUAUUUUAAGGCGCCAAGCGCUUCGAAUGCAGUUUCAAUUCGUGAAGUGAAGGCCGAACAUAUUGGGAAACUGGUAACGGUUCGAGGAAUUGUGACCCGAUGCACGGAAGUGAAGCCGGUGAUGACGGUCGCAACCUACACAUGCGACCGUUGUGGUGCCGAGACUUACCAACCGGUGUCCUCUAUGAGUUUUAUGCCCGUGGUUGACUGUCCUUCGGAGGAUUGCCGAGUUAACAAAGCUGGCGGUCGCCUGUAUCUGCAGACGCGUGGAUCAAAGUUUAUGAAAUUCCAGGAUUUGAAAAUUCAGGAACACAGCGACCAGGUGCCAGUAGGACACAUUCCGCGUUCGUUGACGAUUUUGUGUCGUGGGGAGACGACUCGAAUGGCGCAGCCUGGCGAUCACGUUGUGGUUAGUGGAAUUUUCCUUCCAAUGCAGCGAUCUGGUUUUAGGGCAAUGGUUUCUGGUCUUCUGAGUGAAACAUUUUUGGAGGCACAUCGGAUUAUUUGUCUCAACAAGACCGAUGACGGUGAAAUAAACAACGAAUUGACCCCUGAAGAGCUGGAGGAAUUGGCGAAAGAUGAUUUUUAUACCACAAUCGCGAGCAGUUUAGCACCGGAGAUUUAUGGCCAUUUAGAUGUGAAGAAAGCUCUUUUGUUGCUUUUGGUUGGUGGAGUGGACCGAAGCCCUGAUGGAAUGAAAAUUCGUGGUAACAUCAAUAUCUGCCUGAUGGGAGAUCCUGGUGUGGCAAAGUCUCAGUUGUUGGGUUAUAUCGAUCGACUUGCUGUCCGUAGUCAGUAUACAACGGGACGGGGAUCAUCCGGCGUGGGUUUGACGGCGGCUGUCAUGAAGGAUCCCUUAACCGGUGAGAUGAUGCUCGAGGGAGGUGCUCUCGUCCUCGCUGAUCAGGGAGUUUGUUGUAUUGACGAAUUCGACAAAAUGGCGGAAUCCGAUCGAGUUGCAAUCCAUGAAGUCAUGGAACAGCAAACAAUUUCUAUUGCCAAGGCUGGUAUAAUGACUUGCCUGAAUGCUCGUGUAUCGAUCCUUGCCGCUGCUAACCCGGCUUACGGUCGGUACAAUCCACGUCGGACCAUCGAACAAAACAUUCAGCUGCCAGCUGCUUUACUUUCUCGUUUUGAUUUGCUAUGGUUGAUACAGGAUAAACCCGACCGUGACAACGAUCUUCGUUUAGCCAAACACAUCACCUUCGUGCACAGUCACGGCAAGCAGCCACCGUCGCGCAUCAAAACAAUGGAUAUGGCUUUGAUUCGUCGAUACAUUUCACUGUGCAAACGUAAGUCACCGGUCAUCACGCCGGAGCUAUCCGAAUACAUUGUCAAUGCUUAUGUGUCGCUACGGCGGGAAGCUCGCAACAGUCGCGAUGUCACAUUCACCUCGGCCAGGAAUUUGCUGGGAAUCCUGCGUUUGUCCACCGCCCUUGCUCGCCUCCGUCUGGCUGAUCAGGUCGAGAAGGAUGACGUUCUGGAAGCGCUUAGAUUGCUGGAAAUGUCAAAGGAUUCGUUGAACCAAACCGAACAGAAAAUUACUCAUGUUCAGAACAGGUCGGAUAAGAUCUUCGCUUUGAUACGGGAGUUGGCGGGGGCCAAUGAGACGGUAAAGAUCUCGGAUAUCAUGGAACGUUGCAUCGCUAAGGGUCACAAGCCUGACCAGGUGGACAGCUGCAUCGAUGAGUACGAAGAACUGAACGUUUGGCAAGUGAACCAGACCCGGACAAAGAUUACAUUCAUCUAAGUAUUUCGCUCGGCACUUGAGCUGGUUUUUCCUUAAGUUUAUUCUUCUGAUCUGUUUUAUCCAAAAAUACAAUGUUCAAUUCAAACGGCUGAUUGAAAUAAUAAAAUAAAUUUAAAUUAA